AGUAGGGUAAAGAAAGGAUGGGACAUUGUCAAAUUGAGAUAAUCAAAGUAAAACGCUGGAACUAUGUCUUCGCUUUCUCUCUAGUCUUACAAUCAGUGUUUUUAUUUUUUGUUUAAAUUUAGGAUAAAUUUUUAAGUGAAGUUUUAUAAAGAGAUUAUUUUAUUAGUGAUCGUGUACACAUCAUUCUGUUAUCAUGGAUUCGGAUAUUAUAAAAUGGAGCAACAAAGAAGUUAUUGAAUUAUUACAUAAAGAAAAAAUUAGUAGCUUAAUUAUAGGAAUUUGUAAAUCACAAGAUAUCGAUGGUCGAUGUUUACUGAGCUUCGUGGACAGAGAUUUUUACGAUUAUCCAUUCGACAAGUUAAAACUUGGGGAACGCAAACGGUUUAUAUUGAUGGUGAAGAAAUUGCAGAAGAGCAAUAGAAAUGCAAUGUGUGAACUAGGUUUGUGCGAAGAUUCACUCUCAAACCCAGCGACAAACAUAAAUUUUGUGGGAACUAAUUUAUCACAUUUAAGUUAUAACCUUCAUCAUCAGCUACAAAAUGAACUUUAUAGUGGAAAUACUGAUUGUGUAUCGAAUUAUACAGAUGUAAAAGCAUCUAAAUUAAAACCAGAAAUUUGGAAAACUGCAAUUGCAAUGGGAUAUGUGUUUUUAGUCACUUGGGUGACAGCAGUGGUUAUGGUGAUAGUGCAUGAUAAAGUUCCAGAUAUGAAAAAAUAUCCACCGCUUCCAGAUCUCUUCUUAGAUAAUGUUCCACAUAUUCCAUGGGCCUUUGAUAUGUGUGAGAUUACAGGCUCUCUAUUGUUGGCAAUCUGGUUGGUUGUCCUCUUCUUCCACAAACACAGGUUUAUUAUAUUGCGGCGGUUCUUCGCGUUGGCGGGCACCGUGUUCCUGCUGCGAUGUUUCACGAUGUUGAUCACGUCGCUGUCGGUGCCCGGGUCGCACCUGAAGUGUGAGCCGCGGUUCUACCCGCCGGCGGACGACCUUACGGUGUGGGGCCGGCGGCUGCGGCAGGCCUACGAUAUAUGGAGUGGUGCCGGCAUGUCUGUGCGUGGUGUGCGUACUUGUGGGGACUAUAUGUUCUCGGGACAUACGGUGGCGCUCACGCUGCUCAACUUUUUCAUCACUGAAUACACAUCGCGCAGUCUGUACCUCUUGCACAUCCUGACGUGGGUGAUGAACAUGUUCGGCAUAUUCUUCAUCCUGGCGGCGCACGAGCACUACUCGAUCGACGUGUUCAUCGCGUUCUAUAUCACGUCGCGGCUGUUCCUGUACUAUCACACGCUGUCCAACAACCAGGCGCUGAUGCAGAGCGACUCUUCUAGAACAAGAAUAUGGUUUCCGCUGCUGUCGUUUUUCGAAUCCGAAGUGGACGGCACCGUGCCCAAUGAGUACGAGGGGCCCAUGACCAUACUGAACAACUUGCGGCAGUGGCUCAUACAGCUGGUGAGCGACGUGAAGACGUCCUCGAUGGCCAAGAUUGCUGGCACCAAGCUGCAGGAAGGAGCCGCCAUGGGGGAGUACUCCGUCGUCAAACUCGUCGACGGCAUCAAGAGGAAUCUCAGCCUCGUGGAAGAGUUCAAGAACUCGCGACAACGACUCGUCACACUCGACAAGAACGUGCAAGCGUGUCUGUUGGACGAGCUCACGGAAGCCGAACCGCUGCACAGGAACAUCGGGGAACUCAGCGAAUCCUUCCGACGAGACUUCAGCAAUCCGCCCUCGCCCGUCAUGAAGAAGACGAUGUAAAACGUAUUCGGCGUAGGAAUGAGGCUAUACAAUAUACAUAAUUAAAUAAUAUCAUUUAAACUUUAGAUACCUGAGCGUUAUACAUUUCCACUGUAGAUUUUAUAUACAGUUAUUCCAUAUUUAUGUUAAGCUAAAGAUGUAGUAAAUUAUUAAGGAAUUAUUUUGCUCAAAAUGAUAAUCAUGAAAAUAUAUUACGCUUUCAACGUAAA